AUGAUUGUAAUUAACGAAAAAAAUUCCAUUUCUCCCGUUGUUUUUUCUUCAAGACCACAAGGGCCAAUAGGCCAACAAGGAAUAGCAGGUUCUCCAGGCAAACCAGGUGCACCAGGUCCUGUGGGACCACCUGGUGAUGUCGGCAAAACUGGUAAAGAUGGUGCACCUGGUUCUCCUGGAAGACAGGGAAUUGCUGGGAAGAAAGGACUAGUAGGUAGUUGCGAUCACUGUCCAUCUCCAAGAACAUCGCCUGGAUAUUAA